UGUGAAGCCGUUUCUGUGUUCUGGGCAUCUCAAAUGCUCUGUUAUUCUACUCGUUUUCUCUUCCGAAGAAAUCUCACCGUCGCUGCUUCUCUCCUUUUGCCCAAGCACUUCUCGGCCGAUUCCAACCAUACCCUUUUGCGUUCUUCGCGUUCCCCCUCGAUCAAGGCAGAGUCUUCGACCCCAUUUCCGUCUUUUCGAUCCAAUCGCACAAUGGCUAGCCAGUCCACCACCAAAUCUGUCCACGACUUCACUGUCAAGGAUGCCAAGGGCAAUGAUGUUGAUCUCAGCUCCUACAAAGGAAAGGCCCUUUUGAUUGUCAAUGUCGCAUCACAAUGUGGCUUGACCAAUUCAAACUACACAGAGCUGGCUCAGUUGUAUGAGAAAUACAAAACUCAAGGUUUGGAGAUUUUGGCAUUCCCUUGCAAUCAGUUUGGAGCUCAGGAGCCAGGAUCUAAUGACGAGAUUGUAGAGUUUGCUUGCACUCGCUUUAAGGCCGAGUAUCCCAUCUUUGACAAGGUGGAUGUGAAUGGUGACAAAGCCGCUCCAUUGUACAAGUUCUUGAAGUCGAGCAAAGGUGGACUCUUUGGUGACAGCAUCAAGUGGAACUUCUCCAAAUUCCUUGUUGACAAGGAAGGCAAUGUUGUCGACCGUUAUGCCCCAACAACUUCUCCUCUUAGCAUCGAGAAGGAUGUGAAGAAACUGUUGGGGGUUGCAUGAAUCAGCUCCUUAUGAAUAAAGGAGAGUUUAGUAGGAAUAAACAACUGUAAUGAGAAUAAAUCGCUUUGUAUUGUUGGACAUGUUCUUAUAAGUUUAUGUUUCUGUGAACCAGUACACUCGUAUGCAGUGUUAUCAGUAUAAUACAAUGAAUGUGCAUUCAAGCUUUAUAUA